UACUUGCUUCGUUCAAGUGUAUAAAUUACUCUCUAAUCUCUUCAUAAACCCAAAAAGCAAAAUUAAUCAAAAUUAGCUAAUAAUUAGCCAUGGAAGUCUUCCUCCACAAUCGUCUCCUCCUUCUAGGGUUUCUCUUAGUCUUCUACGUGUAUGGGUUACACUAUUGUUACGGAGCUCCGAAAAAAACAGUCGGGUUACAUGAGUUUGACCCGAGUCCUGAGCCUUCAUAUCUUAACUUUGGAAUUAGCUUACUCAAUCGUACAAGUUUUCCUCCUGGUUUUCUCUUUGGUGCAUCAACUUCUUCUUAUCAGGUUGAAGGUGGAUGGAACGCUGAUGGCAAAGGUCUUAGCAAUUGGGAUUAUUUUACACACAAAUAUCCAGAAAAAAUUGCGAAUUGUAGCAAUGGAGAUGUGGCAGCUGACUCCUACCACAGAUAUAAGGAGGACAUAAAAUUAUUGAACGAUAUGAACGCAGAUUCCUACCGAUUCUCUAUUUCUUGGUCAAGAGUUAUACCUUCUGGAAGGAUUUGCCAAGGCAUAAAUGAGAAUGGAAUCCAGUAUUAUAAUAACCUCAUCGAUGAACUUCUAGCUAAUCAAAUAACACCGAUGGUGACCAUUUUCCACUGGGAACUUCCCCAAGCUCUAGAGGAUGAUUAUGGCGGUUUCUUGAGUCCUGCAAUUAUAUCUGAUUAUCAUGAUUAUGUAAAUUUGUGCUUUGAGAGAUUUGGCGAUCGAGUAAAGAUUUGGAUUACGUUCAACGAGCCAUUUACCUAUAGCAUGUACGGUUAUGAUAGCGGGGAAACUGCCCCCGGCCGAUGUUCGUCAUGGGUGAAUCCGAACUGCGCCGGAGGGGAUUCCGGCGUUGAACCAUACAUUGUCUCACACCACCAACUCUUGGCUCAUGCUAAUGCAACUCAUUUGUACAGGACUAGAUAUCAGCAACAAGGUAUAAUUGGGAUGGCAAACGUUGCUAUUUGGAUGGUUCCCUUGACAAAUAAGCCUAGUGAUCAACGGGCAGCUAUUCGUGCCCUAGAUUUUAUAUAUGGAUGGUUUAUGAAUCCUUUAGUGUUUGGGGACUAUCCAGAAGAGAUGAAAAUUCUGGUCGGCGAUCGUCUUCCAAGAUUCACCCAAGACCAAUCUGAGCUGCUAAAAGGGUCUUAUGAUUUUCAUGCUUUGAAUUACUACACUGCCUUAUAUGCCAGUGCUCCGGUCAACGCUUCUGAUCCAAAUUGCCCUAGAUAUUCAACAGAUAAACAUGUUGACCUUUCUGCCACUCGCUUUGGAGUGCCUAUUGGUGAACAGGCUGCCUCAGAUUGGCUUCAUAUAUAUCCAAGAGGAAUUUAUCAUCUCCUUCUCUAUAUAAAGAGGAAAUAUGGAAAUCCAGUAAUUUACAUUACUGAAAAUGGAGUUGAUGAUGUGAAUAAUGCGUCACUACCUCUCGUUUUAGCUCUUCAAGAUCGUUUCAGAAUCCGAUAUCACUAUCGCCAUCUCCAAUUUAUCCGAAGGGCAAUCGAAAAGGGCGUUCAAGUAAAAGGAUAUUAUGGAUGGUCAUUGAUCGAUAAUUUUGAGUGGCAAGAUGGUUACACAUUUCGGUUCGGGAUCAAUUACGUUGAUUUCGAAACUCUGCAAAGAUUCCGCAAACUCUCUUCCUUAUGGUUUGAGAGAUUUCUCUCUCGUAUGAAUUGAUAAAUUCCCCCAAAAAGAGCUUGAUUGUUG